AAGUGAGUCUACACAAUGAGUCUGGAAGCUAUACUAAAAACUGUCGGGUCGUGCUUCCUCAAUCUAUCUGAACGGAUGUUCGUAUAUGGACCCCAAGGCAAGCUGCUGCUGAAAAACCUUGAGGAACACUGGUUCUCUCACUGUGUCACAAUGCCACAUUAUAACGUGUUCCCAUGUGAUACAAUUACGGAUACAUUGCAGCAACUGCGGAGCAACUCAAUGGAUGACAUGUUACCAUUUGCACUUGCCACACUGGGUACAUCCAAGAGCAUAUGGAACGAAUCCCUAUUGUCAGUGGGUAAAGUACUGUCCCACAAAAUCGCCAAGAUUAAUGUAUUUGUUGAAGCGUCGGAUUCAAAAAGUCUGCUGCACAAGAAGCAAAGAGAACGCAAAGUAUGGUGGCGUAAACUUGCCCAGCAUCCCUCAAGAUUUGUACUCGCAGAGGCAAAGAAGACGAGGAAUCUUGAUGUAACGGAGAUAGAGGCACAGUUUCCUUUUGGAAAUAUCAUCGUGGAAACAAUCACUUAUUAUCCCAGCGUACGCAAGUUAUAUCCUCAGACUGAAAAUAAAGAUAAUGUUAUGGAUGUGCAUAUGGUCGAGCAUAUCGCUUCCAUGGAUUGGGGCUGCUUGGCGUUACUCUGUGACAGUCAUAUGCUGGAUAAAUCAACUAGAGCCUACGUUCAUCCUAAGUUAUGCCCAUAUAAAAUCACGUUCCAUAUAGAGAAACAGGAGAAUAAGACUGAUUCAGAUAUAGAAGACUUGAAUCGCUUUGUGCUAUACUUAAAUAAUAUGCUUAGAACGAGAGGGAUCUCUACCAUAUUGACGAAUACAGAACAAAUCAUAGAAAUGUGUCUAAUACCAUACGUCGUGUCAGUAGAUAAGACUAGUCUUAAGAAUGGCAUUGUACAUGUAAAAAAUCGAUCAACUACUCUUAGUGAGGCAGUUCACAUUACUAACUUAGUAAAGUAUAUUAGAGAAACAACAAUCUAAA